GGCAACAACAUUAGUGUUUUUUUUUUUUGCUUUUAACAGUUGGUAUUUGAUUUCAUCGACGGCCAAUGGCUCGUUGCAACACAAAGCUAAAUGGUAUAAAGAUCGCGCCGCAGACGAAAUCGAAUCAUAAUCAACUCAACACUCAAUCCAAACAAUACUUACUGCUGCAAGCCUGAAGAUGCGUACAUUUGUGGUCCUGUGCUUGGUUGCCGUCGCGUCGGCUCAAUACAACUACCCUCAACAAGGAGCAGUUGAUCUGUCCGGUUUAGCACCAAGUGGUGCCGCUCAACUCUCUCAGCCCAUCCAACCAGCACAGAAUGAAUACAACAAAGAAUUUUACACCUACUCGGCCCCAGAACAAGAAUUCAGCGAUAUUGGCGCCAACGACAACAUUGCCAACUCACUGAAAAAGAACUUGCGCGUGGUCUUCAUCAAGGGACCCGAAAACACUGGACUCGAGAAUGCCGCUUUGCAACUGGCCAAAUCGGCUGGCGAUGAGCGCACUGCCAUCUAUGUGCUUAGCAAGCAAGCGGACAUCGGUGAUUUGGCCAACCGAUUGAACUCGCUGCAGAGCAACAGCAACAAACCUGAGGUGCACUUCGUUAAGUACAGGACACCCGCCGAUGCUGAAAAUGCCCAACGCGCCAUCCAAUCGCAGUACGAUUCUCUGCCCGGCCCAUCCUCCAGCAGUGCUGGCGGUGCUGCACCAGUCCUGAACUUUGCCUCUCAGGCGCCUCAGGCUGCUCCCGCCCCAGUCGCACCAGCCACCUCGUACAUUCCGCCACAAGCGUCGUAUUUGCCACCCGGCAGAAGAUUCUAAGCUUUGAUUUGUUGAUUUCAUUGUUGAUUAUUUUUAGUGAUUUGUUUUUUAGUUUUUUUAAUACAA